AAGAAAAAUGUAGUUUUUUAUUGAAAUUUGUGUAAAAAGUUUAAUUAAACCAAUAGAAACUAACUAAUAAAAUUAAAAAACAUAAAGUAAUAAAGUUAAUAGUGAUAUUUGCAAACAGUUAAUGAAAUAUUAAAUAAUUUAAUUGAUUUAAUAUCAACAAGUAGUGAAUUUUUUAUGAACAACUAACAUACAGUGUAUUAUAGACACAAGUACAUUUUUCUUAAAAGUUUAUAAAAUAAAGGUAAUUUGGAUAGUAAAAACUAACUAAGAGUUUCAUUUCAUUACCUGCUGUACCACGAUUACAAUUUCCAUAUGCGGAGGUACGUCUGCACAUAUCAAGUCUAAAUUAAGAAGUUUACAUUAAAGAUGUCAAAAUCAGAUGUUUUGAAAACUGUGCAACAAUUUAUGUUGCAAGAGAAUCGACCUUAUGCUGUCCAUGAGGUGUUGGAGAAAUGUGGCAAGGAUUUGGGUAAAGCGGCCAUACAAAAAGCUUUGGAUUCAUUGGUUAGCAAAGAAAUCUUGUUGGCCAAAAGCUAUGGCAAACAUAAAAUCUAUUUUGCAAAACAAAAUGUUAACAACCAAGAGCUUAAAAAGCAAAUGCAAACUUUAAAACAAAAGCUUUCACAAGCUCAGAAUAUACUCAAGAACAAAGAAUCAGAAUUAAAUGAUUUGGAAAUAAAGUUAAAAUCUUUAAAUAAAGUUAAAAGUCUGGCUACUUUGGAAGAGGAAAGAGAUCAACUUUUGAAUGACAUCAGACACACAAAUGAAAAGCUCAAAAGCUUUCAGGCUCAAGAAAUGCAAAACAAGUUAAACUCUCAGGAUGUUAAAAAAAUCCUUACAAAAUAUGAAAAUGUCUCUUUAGCCUAUCGUAAGCGUAAACGUAUGUGUAACGAUAUGUUGGAGGCCAUUAUGGAGGGUUAUCCUAAAACGAAGAAAGCUUUAAUCGCAGACAUAGGUUUGGAAACCGAUGAGGAUGUAGGCUUUAAUGUGCAGUUAAAGCGUUAAAAGGGGUUUCACAUUUUGUAUAAUAAAUUCUUUAAUUUUAUAAUAAUCUAAGGAAUUUUUAUGUUAAUUUAUGUAAAACUUUAAUCAAAAAUAUCUAUACUUAAGCGUAUUUUUGUCUGAGUCAAAUGCAUUACAUGUAUUAAUGUAUGUAGGUGAAGGUAUUCUUAUUUAACAGUUAAUAAAUUUCAAAGAAAAUGUCUUAUUUAUAUCUUUAGAAAACAGCUGUUUA